CGAUUUAAAUUGUCCUCUAUUUCUCCUCCUCUUACCCUCUCUUUUCUCGACUUUGUUUAUUCUCCCGGCCGAAAUCCAAUUGAGAGAUCUCGCCCGACGAAUUUGUGGGCUGCUUUCGCUCCUCUUUUUCACUCUGUACGCACUCAAUAAUCAUGAAUCAGGAGUACGAUUAUCUUUUUAAGCUUCUGCUUAUUGGAGAUUCUGGUGUUGGAAAAUCAUGUCUUCUAUUGAGAUUUGCUGAUGAUUCAUAUAUUGAGAGUUACAUCAGCACAAUAGGAGUCGAUUUUAAAAUACGCACUGUGGAGCAAGAUGGGAAGACUAUUAAACUUCAAAUAUGGGAUACUGCUGGGCAGGAACGAUUUAGGACAAUCACCAGUAGCUACUACCGUGGGGCACAUGGUAUCAUAAUUGUUUAUGAUGUAACAGACCAAGAGAGCUUUAAUAAUGUCAAGCAGUGGUUGAGUGAAAUUGAUCGCUAUGCUAGUGAUAACGUCAACAAACUUCUAGUUGGAAACAAGUGUGAUCUCACUGCUAAUAAAGUUGUGCCAUAUGAAACAGCUAAGGCAUUUGCAGAUGAAAUUGGAAUACCUUUCAUGGAAACCAGUGCUAAGGAUUCUACAAAUGUGGAACAAGCUUUCAUGGCCAUGGCUGCCGCAAUCAAGGAUAGAAUGGCAAGCCAACCGGCCAUAAACAAUGCAAAGCCUCCAAUGGUACAGUUCCGAGGUCAGCCUGUUGCACAGAAGAGUGGCUGCUGCUCCUCUUAAGUUACCUGAGUUUUCUCUAGUCUAGUGGCUGUCAUGGAGUGUAAGAUGUACGCUUGUCUUUUAGUCUUUUGAACUGAAAACAUGUAUCUUCGGGAGUCCGCUUGAUGAUCACAUUCUUUCUAUGCACUUGUUUAGAAAUGGUAAUGAAUGUUAGUAUUCUUCUUCUUCUACAA